GUCGCGCGGUGCUGUCAUUUCAUCAGCGCUAUCACAUAAUCAUUUUACACUUUAAUUCUUUGCGGCUUCGGCUCCAGUUUUUUUUUAAAUAAAUUGCCGUUUGUUUGUGUACAGAAAUAAUUGGAAAAUGCUCUCGCGUGCUGUACGUGUUCGCGCCGCGCUCCGGGGCCUAUCCACUGUAGCUGCCUGCGCUCGCCAUCGUCAUACACAAAAUUGCAUGGUGGAAUAUUUUAAAGAAGUCAGGUUGCUGCGAUACAAUGGUGCAGUCUCUAUGAUGCAGACACAGCGCUUCUUCAGCCGCAAGCGCAACGAUAACGAAGAUGACUUGAUGGCCGAAGCAGAGCCUGAGCUGCUGGCCGAUCAUCGUGACUCGCAACAACUGCCGGCGACGGUUGCCGUGCCCGAUGUAUGGCCCCACGUGCCGAUGUUAGCGAUGCGACGAAAUCCACUGUUCCCACGGUUCAUGAAAAUAGUCGAGGUCUCGAAUCCAAUUAUCAUGGAUCUUUUGCGACGCAAGGUGAAGCUCAACCAGCCUUAUGUGGGCGUGUUUCUUAAGAAAACCGAUGGGGAAGAGGAGCUCAUACAUAAUCUGGACGAGCAGCUGAAGGUGAUCAAGAAGGAGCUGGGCAUUGAAAAAGAUGAUAAGGAUGCCAUUGGCGAAAAGUAUCGCGAAAAACUCAAGGACAAAACUGUACCAGAGAGCAUCAAAACUGUUAUUGACGAAGAGCUCACCAAGUUGAACUUCUUGGAGAGUCACAGCUCAGAGUUUAAUGUUACUCGCAACUAUCUGGACUGGCUUACCUCWUUGCCUUGGGGCGUCAUUAGUCCCGAAAAYCUGUGCCUUGACAAAGCCACCGAAAUUUUAAACAACGAUCACUACGGCAUGGACGACAUUAAGAAGAGAAUAUUGGAAUUUAUUGCUGUWAGUUCACUGAAGGGCACGACGCARGGCAAGAUCUUGUGCUUCCAUGGACCGCCAGGCGUGGGCAAAACGAGCAUAGCAAAGUCCAUUGCGCGCGCCCUGAAUCGCGAGUAUUUCCGCUUCAGUGUUGGCGGAAUGACAGAUGUGGCAGAGAUAAAGGGUCAUCGCCGCACCUAUGUGGGCGCCAUGCCUGGCAAGCUAAUACAGUGCCUUAAGAAGACCAAGACGGAGAAUCCGCUGGUUCUCAUCGACGAAGUGGACAAGAUUGGCAAGGGUUAUCAGGGUGAUCCGAGCUCAGCCCUAUUGGAGCUGCUGGAUCCCGAACAAAAUGCCAAUUUCCUUGACCAUUAUCUGGAUGUACCCGUGGAUCUGUCCCGAGUGCUUUUCAUCUGCACUGCAAAUGUGGUUGAUACCAUACCAGAGCCACUGCGCGAUCGCAUGGAGCUCAUCGAAAUGUCCGGCUAUGUGGCUGAAGAGAAGGUGGCUAUUGCCCGUCAAUACCUGAUACCGCAGGCAAUGAAAGACUGUGGCCUAACGGAGAAGCAGGUCAACAUUACGGAGGAUGCGUUGAACAUGCUUAUACGCAGCUAUUGCCGAGAGUCGGGUGUGCGUAAUCUGCAGAAGCAGAUYGAGAAGGUCAUUCGCAAAGUGGCCUUCCGCCUGGUCAAGAAGGAGGGCGAGGAGUUCCCCGUAAAUGCCGACAACUUGACAACGUUCCUGGGCAAACAGGUUUUCAGUUCCGAUCGUAUGUACAACGUAACGCCCGCUGGUGUUGUGAUGGGCUUGGCCUGGACCGCAAUGGGCGGUUCUUCAUUAUACAUUGAGACUUCCAGGCGUCACAUACGCGCCGAGAAGCCCGAAUCCACAGCUGGAGUAUUACACUUAACUGGUAACUUGGGUGAYGUAAUGAAGGAAUCCGCACAAAUUGCUCUGACCGUGGCUCGAAACUUUUUGUACACGUAUGAUCCAAAGAACAAGUUCCUUGAGCAGGAGUACGUAUUAUUUAUUAUGGCUUCUUUAAUAUGGCUGACUUAA